AUGAUAUGUUUAUUAGCUCCAGUAGCAAAUGAGGAAUGUGAAACUGAUUUGAUCCGAGAAUUACGUAAAGGUGUAUACAGUGCUCUUUUGCCUGAAACACCAGAGCAACUUCGUCAAAUGAUCAGUACUUUAACAGUGAAAAGAAUAAACAUGCCCAAACCAUUUCUGAAUGGGUUCUUGAAUUUGAGAUUAAGACUAUUAAACGAACACAAAAAAGUACUUGCUUCACUUCUUGAGCACGAUUAUCCACACAUUGAAACUAAUUAUCUAAAGUUGCGACAGUUAGAUCGUCCAGCAUUAAUCCUAUGGGGUCGUCAAGAUCAAGUAUAUGCUUUUAGCGGUGCUGAAUUCUUUUGCAAUUUACUACCCAAAGCAGAAUGCGUUCUUUUUGAUGAUUGUGGUCACUUUAUGGCUCUUGACAAACCCGAAGAGACAGCUAAUAGUAUUUUAUCUUUUUUUGAUAAACAUGCAAAUUAUCAGGUAAAAUUCAUGUCAUUAACAAAUAUUAGAUUAAUGGACUAA